GGGUCACGUGACGCGGAAAUUAAAACCUGCGACAGAGAAGCCCACCACGUGGUUGCAGCAUGGGCGCGCCUUCCGGGAAAAUCAACCGGCCGCGCACGGAGCUGGCGAAAAAACUCUUCAAAAGGCGCCGUGUCCUGAACAAGCAGAAGAGGAAGAAACACCGGAUUGUGGGAGCUGUGGUGGAUGAAGGUCUUAUCACCAUUCACCAUCUGAAAAAGCGAUCAUCUAGUCCUCGGGCAAACAUUACCCUCUCGGGGAAGAAGAGACGAAAACUGAUAAAACAACUGCGCCAUGCCACUAAGGAGAAAACAGAGAUGCAGGUUGAUGUUUCUCCAGCUCAGGGUAGAAAGAGGAGGAAGAAAAAGGAGGUGACACCAUCCGGCUGCCCAGUUGUGGAGAUGGUGGAAGCUGACGUUACGCCCGGAUUGGAAAGCUGAGCCUGGCCUCUGAGAUCUUGAAACUCGGUUCCUUCCUUGCUGUCUUUUCCAGCCUACC